UCACCAUGUGCUGUGCAGAGGUUUGAGGAUUUGCGCGGGUUGCGGAUGAUGCUGUCAGUUCUCUGGAGGUUUCGAACUUUUAAUGAUGUAGCAAAUCCUUAAUUCCAUUUUAUAAUUGGUCGAUAUUUGAAACUAAUGACUACUACAAUAAAUGCACUGCAAAACUGAUGAAUGAAAGGUUUUUAUUUUUAAUUGUAAAAUGGAUUCAUCACGAUCAAGAAAUUUGACUCAAAUUGAAAACCUGGAACGAAGCAGUGAAAAUUUUGAGUGUUCAGGAGAGCCUAAGAAUCCGAAUCAAGAUCGAAUCUGGAAAGUUCUUAAUCAGACAUUAAUUAACAUAUGGAGUAACUUGGACAACUCAUCUGAGGCAUUAUCAACAUAUUUUGGGUCUAUUAUGAAGACACCAAUGCAAUUCAUAUUAUUUGUUGUUCCACAAUGUCACUGUUGUAAUAUACAUUUUUCAAAGAAAGCAGAUGAAUGUCUUGCAUUUGAUACAUGGCUUCUUGGUCGGAUGCUGUGUGUUUUGAGCAAAGAAACUUUGACUGGAGUUCAUGAAGCAGCACUGAAAACUCAGAUACAGAUUUUAAAUUUGCUUUUUGUCACAUACCCACCUCUGUAUCUAAAUAUCAUAAAAUAUUAUCUUCUGUGCAUGCAAGAUCUCAUGGAAGUGGAGAAAGGCAAUAUAUCAGAAUUUCCUCUACCUCUAAGGCAUUUUAUACCUAAAAUGGAGACUUUUAGAGAUUUGGAAUUGGACUUAAAGCCCAGUUUUCUUCAGCUUCAUAGCAUAAGUGGUUGCCAGCACCUCUUAGCUUACAUUAUGAAGGUGCUUCAGAAGUCUGCAACAGGUCUUGUAGGUUUACAUAGAGAUUUACAGCAGCAGCUAUGGGGAUCUAUAUGCUUGUUAUUGUCAGGAAUUAAUUAUUCACUGCGAGCUGAAGCGAUGCUGCUUGCAGCUGCUUUGAUAAAUGCUGGUGGCCUUCCUCCUUCAGUUGACAGCCAGAUUGGAUUUUGGCAUGAAUUAUGGUACUGUGUUGAAAUUACUCUGACAUCUUUAUCGACAGACAGUACAGGGAAAGAGCAACAACAAGAACUAAUUGAAGCCCUUAAAGCUCUGCUCUCAGCAACCGUUGAACAUAUGCACCUUGUGCGCCCACGAGAAAGAGAAGUUCUUUUGACCACCAUCUUCAAUAUAAUGCAAAGUCGCCUUUGUAGCACAAUGUGUGGCAUGCAAGAUAGUGUGAGCAAGUUUUCCAGGCAAGUUUUGGAGAAUUCCACUGAUUGGAAACUUGAUAAAUGUUCUCCCCAAAGAUUAAUUGACAACUUUAAUGAGCAGAGCUGUCAUGUCAUGCCUGGAUUGAAAUAUUUGAUUCUUCAUGAGCUGCAACAACAUGUUCCUAGUGUACGGAAUUUAUAUCAGACAAAACACAAUGGUUCUUGUAAUUAUCAUGUUUUGUUGCAACCCCCAACCUCUCCAGUUUGUGCAUUAGAUAUUAGCCCUUCAUGGCGUCAGCUCUGGAAGCAUGUAUUAUUAGCGUCCAAUAAAUUGAAUCAAGACACUAUUGCUGCUGGGUGUGUUUUGCAACAGUUCCAAGUUUGCAGAUCUAUUGUGGAAUUGAGUCUUGAAUUAACAGCUGAAAUUGAAAACAUGCAUGUGAAACAAUCUUCAUCAUCAAUCAUUCAAUUUUCUUAUUUCGGGGACAAUUUGCCAGAACUUGCUAUAUCUGUGACAUCAGCUGUGCAUCAUUGCAGACCUUCGAGAUGUGCUGAAGUUGCAAAUAAAGUAUUAACUGAGGCAUUGCAACUUUUGGGAACGGUUGUGUCAUUGCCAGAGGCUCAAGUGGGAGUGGACAUUGCGGAGGCUAUGCUGUCCUUACCAUGGUUGGAUCCAGAUGAUAAUUGCUUUGGAUUUAAAGCAGAACAUAUUAUUUUUCAAAUAAAAGAUGAAUAUCAGCCUCAUCUAGAUUCAGUCAUCAAACAACUUUGUUUAUCUCAGUUGGCUUUGAUUUCAUCCAAAAAGCACAUAUCCUGGAGACAGAAGAUAGUAGAGCAAUGUUUUGGUAGUCCUGACUUGUGUGCUUCAGUUACCCCCGUUAUACCUUGGCUUCUCUACAAUUUUGAGCAUCCUGUUCCUUCCAGCCAAUUAAUGUCAUUGUUAAGUCCUAUAUUCCAGUCACCAGAUUCAAAAGUACAACUUGUUUUAGCAAAAUAUCUAUGUGCUAUUGUGUGCAGUCUCUCAGGCAACUGUGUGUGUGUCAGAAGUGUGGUAGAAGGAAAUGUGCAGAGGAAACUUCUUUGUUUGCUCUGUCACCAUGAGAAUUGGCUGAACUCCCCAUUUCCUUACUCUGGAUCUUUGGAAGGACAACUACUUUGUCUUACCCCUUUCCUUCAGUCAAAGGAGGUAGAGGUUCGGAGGUAUGUGGCUCGUGCUUUACCAACUCUUGCUGGGCAUCUGUCAAAGUUUCGGCAUUGCUGUGAUUUGACAAGUUGGAUGCCUUUGUUACUGGAUGAGGAUAGGGAGGUACGCAUUGAGUUUGCAAAACAUGCUCGCUGGUUAGUAUUUGAUGGAUGUUGGAUACGAGAUAAAGAACAAGUUUCUAAAGAAACUGGAGAUGAAUUCAUUCCUCUGAGUCAACUGGACCGCCAUGAACUGAGUACUUCUGUACCUCUUCUCGCUCGCUUUUCGGAUUCUUUGGUGGUUGCUGCUCGAAAUGUUCUGAAGCGACAUGGAGAUCCACGCCAAGAGAGUUUAGUAAUUACUGUGAGCAACAUAGGAUGCAUUGCUUUGGACUGUGUACUGCUUCCUUCACUUCUGCAAUUAGUAACUCUAGCUGGUCAUUGGCGUUCGGCUCAAGCAGGGUUAGUGAAGCGAUGCAUACGUGAUAUCGCACACGCACACAAUGUCACUCCAAAGGAUUUAUUCCAUCGCUUUAAACCAGAACUUUGCAAGCUCCUUGAUGGGGAUAUUGCAAGUAUCAAUUCCUUGGAACCUGGAACAUUGAAUUCCCUACUACAAAGUAUUCUUGGUGGUGGCUGUUUACCAGUCCCACCCUGGGCCCAUUACCAUGAUGAAUAUGAUAAUGAUUAUGAUGAUGCUGAUUAUGAUGAUUAUGAUCUUGAAAAUUUAUUUGCUCAUAUUAACUAUGUUACAUGUUCAGCCUGGUGCCAUGUUGGAGAAAAUGGAUUUUUGAAUACACUCACUAAUUUGGCACGUCAGUUUGACAUUGAAGAUGCCAGGGAGUUAGUAAUAAGAGAAAAAGAAACGGUUCUUCCCCCAUUGAUUGCUGUAGUAUUGACACGACCAUCAGUAAUGCAUGUCCUUCAGCAAGUGGCAUCUGUCACUUCAUUGACUCUUAAAGACUUGCUCCAGUCAACAUUUCAGCACAUUUAUCCAUACAUUGUUGUCAAUUAUUCUGAAGAAUUUCUAUCUGAAUUUAUUGAGUUUUUCAAAAAAGAAGGUGAAAUAGAUGAUCUUAAUACAUUCAUGGCACCUUUCCUGAAGAUCAUUCAUAAUGAAUUGCUACUACACUUUGAAGGCCACCGGAAUCGUGUGCUCAAGACGUUGCAAUGGUUGGCAAGAGUAGACCCCACUUACAGAAACCCAGUAUCGAGUCCCCUGUCAGAGGAACAGAUUGCAGAUUUUUUACAACCUCGCUUUUUGGGUGUAUUGACUCAUUUGGAAUCAUGUUUGACAUCUGAAACUGCUGCAGAAUCUGUGAAAGUAAAUGCAUUGCGUUCUAUGCCAGAACUCAUCCGGCUUAUGGGACCACGGCACAUUUCAGUAGUGCGCUUUAAAGUGCUUGCUACUCUACGUAUUGCUUUGCGACUGAACCAUGCUAAUUUUCCACAUCUUACUAUUGCUGCUUGGAAUGCUUUUGUACACAGUUUGGAUGACACUUCUCUUGGACCUCUUUUAAGCACUGUCUUUGCUUCUCUCCUGCCUUUAUUAGAAACAUACCCAAAAGAAGUUGCAUCAGUCUUUGAGUACAUUGUGGUGGAGAAAAUGGAAGAUUUAUGGCCUUAUUUUAAAGAGCUUUAUUUUGUGCCAGAACAUCCAGCUCUUCAUGAUAUUUUCUCCAUCAUAAAGAGCUCAUCAAAAAGUACUCAUGCCAAGACAAGUGUGUACAGUAAAAUUAAAGAGAAACUAAUGUAUGUGGUUCAUGAUAAUGUUGAUGUUCGUCUUCAUGCUUUGAGGUUUUUGACAGACCUAUUGAAUGAAUCACAUGUGCAACUAAAUGAAGCCCUUAUAAAGCAUGAACGCGUGGAGCCUUGCAUUAUUGAGAUGCUGAAUAAACUAACUGAUGCCUGCAAAGACCCAGAUGAGAGAGUGAAACUUGCUGCAGCAGAAUGUUUAGGGAAAAUUGGAGCUGUUGAUCCUGGCAUGUUGCCUCAUCGAAAGACAUUAAGUGGUUCAACUUUUUUUGCAAAUGAUGUGGAUAACAGUGAGUUUGCUAUUCAGGCCCUCUGUCAGCUUGCAAAAGGUUUUCAGGAUGCUACAGAUACACGCACUGUAGAUGCUUUCACUCUUUCUAUACAGGACCUGCUUAAAGUUUAUCAGGUGUCCUCAGAGAGCUCUCUAUGGAACUCAUUUUCCUCAAAUGUUCAAGAUAUAAUGCGUCCUUUACUAAAGUCUUCAUAUAAACGCAGAUGUCCAUUGACUGCGUCGAUUGUUACUCCUGUGUAUGGAUCUGAAAUGGGAACAAAUCUUCAAGAGUGGGUGACAAAUUGGAGUUUAAAAUUAAUUGUAGACAUGGCUGAAGGGCGACCCCGAAGAGUGUUUGAAUCUUGUGUUCUUGCUUUCACAAGAGAUUUGGGCAUUGCAUUGUUCUUUCUGCCAUACAUUCUCUUACAUGCUCUGACUGAGGCGCAAAAUCCUGAACGAACACAAGAUGAAGUUUUGAAGGAGUUUCAAGCUCUUAUUGAUGUGUCAGAAUCUUCAGUAUUGGGAAGUCUAAGUUCUGGAGACCUUCGUGACUCAGAAAAUUUGUCACCUAGAAUGCAGAAAGAAAUGGAGAGAGAUCAGUGCAUAUUGGCUGUGCAUGGUCGUGCUGCUUCUUCAAUAUAUCCUUUGAGAAGAAAAGAUUCCUCAUUGUGGAGAUCUGGUAAUAAUGUUGGGUCUGUGACUUCAGAAACCCUUCAUUUAAUUUCAAUGACAGACCAGUUACGUUGCUCUCGUACUGCCUUCCAGCUCAUUGAUUUCCUCUGGCAAUGGGUCCGCACUAUUCGGAUGGCCAACAAGAAAGAAAUCCUUGAUAAAAAUGUUAUGUUUUCCCGUGUGCAAGGUUUCUUAAAACGUUUAUGUAAAUUACAAAUAGCCCAAGGAAAUUUUGAAUGCCAAGAAUAUGCUCGUGCUCUUGUGUACUUAGAACGAUACAUUAAAGAAAAUCCAGCCGAGUUGCAAAACCAGCUUUGGUUUUUUGAGGAACUGUAUGUUCACCUUGAUGACCCUGAUUCAGUAGCAGGUACACUUGCUAUUCAGGGUAAAGAACCUUCCUUGAAACAGUUGGCUAGAGCACAUGAAGUCACUGGACAAUAUCAGAAUGCUGCUGCUUGUUAUGAAGAAAUGGCUCAGGAGCAACUAUUGGAGCCGGAACAGGUUCAGCGAAUGGUGCGAUGUUAUCUUAGUCUUGACCAACCGUUUACUGCUCUUAAAAUUGCUGAAGGUCUUGUAACAGACAGGCCUGAAAUAGCACAAGAUAUUCAUGAACAAUAUGCAGAAUGUUUAUGGCGACUGCACAACUUUGAUCAAUUGGAAAAUUUUAUGGAGUCUCCUGCUCUUGCAAAUAACACUUCAUGGGGUGUCCAAAUUGGAAGGGCUCUUCUUCUGCUUCGACAGACAGAGCACUCAAAGUUGUCUACAGUACUUGAUACUACUUUACGAGCUGUUGUUGAACAAUUAUCCACAAUGGAUCGCCAGCAUGGAGUUUACUUCCAUGGCUACGAUUAUAUUGUGAAACUCCAUGCUUUAUAUGAAUUGAAGAAAGCAUCAGAAACUCUGGCAUCAGUUGUUGAAUUUUCCAAAAAUGGUGCUGAAAGUGCAUGUCAUGUGCUUAUUUCUGAUCUUCUGGAUGAAUGGGAUAAACGAAUCCAGAUAAUGAAGCGGGCUACUGGAGCCUUAGAACCUGUUUUGACCCUUCGCCGCAUUGUUUUGGAACAGGCCCAUUCUCAUCUAAAGAAUUGUGAUCCAGAAUCUGCUGCUUUACUUUCUCAUGAAAUUGGAAAAUGCUGGCUUCGAAGUGCUAAGGCUGCACGCAAGGAAAAUUACUAUCAGCAAGCUUUUAUCUAUAUUUUGAAUGCUCAAAAAUACAAACCACCUGCAUUGUUUGUUGAAAAGGCUCGUUUGUACUGGGAAAAGGGAGACAAACAGUCUGCUUUCAGUACUUUAAACAGAGGACUAGAAGAACAAUUUCCAGAUGAAGCACAGCUUCAGGACAUGAGUGAUCAUAAACGCUUAAUUUGUGCUAAAGCACGUUUAUUGCUUGCUCAGUACAAUGAACAAAGACUUAAAGUCGACUCUGAAGAAUCUAAAGAACAAUAUACUGCUGCAGUGCAUGCAUGCCAGCAAUGGGAGCGGCCUCUGGUAGAAUUGGCUCGCUUCUAUGAUAGGAAAUUCCAGAACAUGCCAGACUGUGAGAAGGACACAACACGUGGAGCAGAAAUGCAAAUUGUUAUGGUUACCUACCUGGGUCGAUCUCUUCAGUUUGGUACUAAAUAUAUCUAUCAGUCUAUGCCAAGAAUGCUUACUUUAUGGUUGGACUAUGGAAAUAAUGAUCCAAAUCGUAAAGGAUUGCCUCCUGAUUUUGAAGCUACUACAAAGAAAUUAACUGAUCUUAUCAGUGAGAACUACACAUCGUGUUAUCAUUUGAGAGCCAAACGUUGUCAAGAAAUUCUCCAGCAUUCACAAAUAAGGAAAAAGGAAUUGAAUCAACUUGUAAAUGAUUACAACUUACUUACUGAUAAACUUAUUGAAUUAACAAAUGCUUCUAUUAAGGCAGAUAAUGUCACCAUCAGUUCAUUAGCGCCUCAACUGCCAGCCUUGUUAGCUUCUCCCAACUUCAGUGAAGUGGUUGUUCCUGUUGAUCGUUACAUGAAAUUUGUGCUUCCAACUUCUGGAGUUUCAAAAACACACGUUGCAUUUCCCCAAAAACUCAUAUAUCUACAAAGUAUUAAGGAGAAAGUUUUAGUUCUUCAAUCACUUCAAAAACCUCGUAAAAUCACUUUUAUUGGAUCAGAUGGAGUUACAUAUGAUGUCAUGUGCAAACCCAAGGAUGACUUGCGAAAAGAUUUUAGAUUAAUGGAAUUUAAUGCUGUUGUGAAUCGCUUGUUGCACCGUGACCCCCAGGCACGACAACGGGAACUUCACAUAAGAACAUACUCUGUUGUGCCUCUAAAUGAAGAAUGUGGAUUGGUAGAGUGGGUAUCAAAUCUUGUAUGUCUCCGUCCUUUACUCCACAAGAUGUAUCGUCAGAUGGGAGUGAGAACAGACUCCAAUAAGAUGAAGGAAAUGUUAGCAUUACGCAAUGAUCCUGCAAAAUAUCGUCAAGAAUUCACACGGCUUCUGGAAAUGCACCCACCUAUACUGAGUGAAUGGUUUUUCACCACAUUUCCGGAUACAGCAUCCUGGUACCUUGCAAGAACUUCUUAUGUACGAACUUGUGCGGUUAUGUCAAUGGUUGGCUAUAUUGUUGGCCUUGGAGAUCGACAUGGAGAAAACAUACUUUUGGAUGAAUGCACUGGUGAAGUGGUGCAUGUUGAUUUCAACUGUCUUUUUAAUAAGGGAGAUAAUUUUGAUUGGCCAGAAAUUGUACCAUUUCGAUUAACUCAGAACAUGGUGGAAGCAAUGGGUCCCUUGGGUAUUGAAGGGCCAUUUAGACGAUCAUGUGAAGUAACUUUGGAUGUGCUUCGUUCGCAAUCUGACACACUGAUGAGCAUAUUGCGCCCUUUUCUCUAUGACCCUAUUAUUUCGUGGAAACGCACUGGAGGACGACGUCCACAAGGAGAAAUGACAAAUGAAUCUGCUGUGCAGAAUUUAAUUCGAAUUGAACGUCGUCUCCAGGGAAUGGUCCGGGGUGUGGGCAAAGUGUACGCAGUGUCACUUUCUGCUGAAGGGCAAGCUAACAGUCUCAUCAUAGAGGCUACAAAAUUUGAAAACUUAUGUCGUAUGUAUAUAGGUUGGGGACCUUACCUGUGAUAUUAGUUAGGUGAUUCCAAACUUGUAAUAAUUUCUAAUGUAGUACAUGUAUAAGCAAAUUUUUUGCUCAUUUUUCCUUUGUAUUUUACUGAUUUGUUAAAUCAUCAAAUUUCUGAAGCUGUUUUGCUAUUUAUUUUAGUUCAAUAAAUUGUUAUUUUUUGAGGAAAAAA